AUGUCUCUGGCUUCCUCCUUCUUGACAGGUUCUGUUGCAAAAUGUGAAAAUGAAGGUGAAGUACUCCAGAUUCCAUUUAUCACGGAUAACCCUUGUAUAAUGUGUGUCUGCAUGAACAAGGAAGUGACCUGUAAGAGAGAGAAGUGCCCAGUGUUGUCCAGAGACUGUGCCUUGGCCAUCAAGCAGAGGGGAGCCUGUUGCGAGCGAUGCAAAGGUUGUACCUAUGAUGGAAGUACCUAUAACAGCUCCUUCAAAUGGAAGAAUCCUGCUGAACCCUGUAUCCUGCGCCAGUGCCAGGAAGGCGUUGUCACAGAGUCUGAGGUGCGAUGUGUCGUUCAUUGUAAAACCCCCUCCAAGCAUCUGGGAACAUGCUGCCCCACGUGUCCAGGCUGUGUGUUUGAGGGGGUGCAGUACCGAGAAGGGGAGGAAUUUCAGCCUGAAGGAGACAAGUGCAUCAAGUGUUCCUGUGUUGGAGGCAGGACACAGUGCGUGAGAGAAGUCUGUCCCAUUCUCUCCUGUCCUCAGCAUCUUAGCCACAUUCCCCCAGGACAGUGCUGCCCCAAAUGUUUGGGUCAAAGGAAAGUGUUUGACCUCCCAUUUGGAAGCUGCCUCUUUCGCAGUGAUGUUUAUGACAAUGGAUCUUCUUUUCUCUAUGAUAACUGCACUGCAUGUACCUGCAAGGACUCCACUGUUGUGUGUAAGAAGAAGUGCUCCCACCCUGGUGGGUGCGACAGAGGCGAGGAGGCCUGUUGUGAUGACUGUCUCCUACGAGUGCCCCAGGAAGACGUCAAAGUGUGCAAGUUUGGCAACAAGAUUUUCCGGGAUGGAGAGAUGUGGUCGUCUGUCAACUGCACCAUCUGUGCUUGUGUGAAAGGCAAGACAGAGUGUCGCAAGAAGCAGUGUGUUCCCAUCAGCAGCUGCCCUCAGGGUAAAAUUCUCAACAGGAAAGGAUGCUGUCCUAUUUGCACUGAAAAGCCCGGCGUCUGCACGGUGUUCGGAGACCCCCACUACAACACUUUUGACGGACGGACAUUUAACUUUCAGGGGACGUGUCAGUACGUGUUGACGAAAGACUGCUCCUCCCCUGCCUCGCCCUUUCAGGUGCUGGUGAAGAACGACGCGCGCAGGACCCGCUCCUUCUCCUGGACCAAGUCGGUGGACCUGGUGCUGGGCGCCGGCACCGUCAGCCUCCAGCAGCACCUGACGGUGCGCUGGAACGGCUCGCGCAUCGCGCUGCCCUGCCACGCGCCGCAGUUCCACAUCGACCUGGACGGCUACCUCUUGAAAGUGACGACCAAAGCAGGUUUGGAAAUAUCCUGGGAUGGAGACAGUUUUGUAGAAGUCAUGGCUGCCCCCCAUCUCAAGGGCAAACUCUGUGGUCUUUGUGGCAACUACAAUGGACAUAAACGUGAUGACUUAAUUGGUGGAGACGGAAGCUUCAAGUUUGAUGUGGAUGACUUUGCCGAGUCCUGGAGAGUGGAGUCCAAUGAGUUCUGCAACAGACCCCAGAGAAAACCAGUACCUGAACUGUGUCAAGGGACAGUGAAGGUAAAGCUUAGAGCCCAUCGGGAAUGCCAGAAACUCAAAUCCUGGGAAUUUCAAACCUGCCACUCAACUGUGGACUAUACUACUUUCUACCG